GCAAGAUCCAAGUCUCAGUUGAAUAGCAAAUUGGUCCAAAUUAUUGAAAGGAAAAAAGCCUUGGGAAGAGGAGGGGUAGGAGACCGGAGGAGGGGGGCAGCAACAAUCCUUUUCCCUUCCCAGAUGGUGAGAACAGUGCGGAUCGCAUCACAUUCCGCGGAGUGUUCCCAGUCGUCCUAUGGUGAAGUGCCAUCGCUCUAAUCAAAAACAAACGGAGCCGCAGCUUUCGCUUGCGCUCAACUCAGCUCCAGUACGGAACGUCCAUCCUUGGCUGUGCGAGGUCUCCGUCUGGCCGAUAUUCGGUGGCGACGGGGCCUUGAACGAUUGAACUGUGGUUAAUUGAAGAAGCGGGAGAAGUAAAUACGAGCACACCACUCAAGACGAAGUUACCAUGGAGAAGCGCAGGGAGGCGGGAGUCUAACGUGGAUAGGGGGCACAAAUCAAAUCAGAACAUUUACUCUUCGGAUUAAUACAAUUUUGAACACUUCAUUUUGAGAGGGAUAUUAAUCAGAUUUUCUGGCCAUUAUCACACGCAAGCAUGAACGGAAAGGAAGCGAGGUUUUGCACGGGAUGCUGGAGGCUACUGCUGCUGUCAAGCAUUCUGGUUCUACACUUGAUUCCCCUCUUUGUACAUGGGAACACUCUGGGGGCCAAUGUCACUGAGUUGGACACCACAGCCAAUGUGACAUCCCUGCCCAGUAAGGGCAAAGAAGCGGCCAAAGUGAAUGAUGUCGUUACCAAGGUGACCUGGAUCAGCAGCUCAGUCAGCCCCAUCUUCACAGUGACCCAGAGGCCCGGCCACAUGCCCCGCUCCGAGGAGGAGCAAGGCAGCGGCAUGCUGGGAGAAGGGGUGUUGCCAGCCGAGGAGGAGGUGGUGGCCCCGCCCAGGAUCAGCCCUGACUCAGCAGAGACAGAGCUCCUGCUGCCUAGCAACCCUCGUGGCACGGAGGAGGAAGAGGAUGAAGAGGAGCACACCGACCCACCGUGGCUGAACGCCAGAGACAACGUCUUCGACCUGGACCGCCACUUCCAAGAAGGAGUAGCCAAUCUGGCCACCACCACUGCCCCUCCACCCGCUGCUGCUAACCCCUCCCGCCCAGACGUCCUCACGGUGGACUUCUUCGACCCCGCCUCUCGCGGCCGCGGCCUGGACCUAGCCCCGCCCUCUCCCUCCUCUUUGGCCCACGAGCUCCAGGGUGGCGACCCCACUUCCUGGGCCAUGCCAGACAACUACGACUACCUCACGCCGUACGAAGACGGUGCGUCGCCCACCCCUGAUGAGUACUCCUACAGCACCACUACUGAUACCUUGGAUGGGGAUGACGACUUGAGGCUAACUGCCGGGCCUCCAUCGCGCUCCAGGCCCAGGGCUCCCCCAGGUUCCGGCUCCUUCACCCCAGACAAGAGGCUGCCCAGUGGAGGUGCUGCUGCUGCUCCAGAGGGCCCUGCGGCAGCCCCUCCAGCGUUACCCGUGGAUGGCUCAGACGGAGCCGGUGGCUGCCGCCAGGGCUACGUGAAGCAGAAUGGAACCUGCCGCUCCCCCUGCGACACACUGCCCAGCUACUGCUUCAACGGAGGCCAGUGCUACCUACUGGAUGGCAUGGGGGUCUUCUGCAGGUGUAACGUCCAGGACUACAUCUGGCACAAGGGUUCCCGCUGUGAGUCGGUGGUGACAGAGUUCCAGGUGCUGUGUCUGACCAUCGGGGCGUCGGCCCUCAUGGUGCUGCUGCUUUUCAUGAUCAUUGUCUGCUUCGCCAAGAAGCUCCACGUGCUCAAGACCGAGAACAGCAAGCUGCGCAAACGCAGCAGUAAGUACCGGCCUCCAUCGGAGCAGCACAAUGAUAAUUUCUCCCUGUCCACCAUCGCUGAAGGCUCCCACCCAAAUGUAAGGAAACUGUGCGACACCCCUCCUAACGUCCCUCAUGCCCGUGCUUUGGCUUACUAUGAUAACAUUAUCUGUCAGAAAACCAUGAGCAGAUACACUUGGGAGUGUAAGACCAAAGAGGAGCCCGACAGUGAGGAUGAUCCUAAUGCCCAGAACAAGCUGGAGGACCCCGUGAAGGCCCCGGUGCCCAAGGAGGACGACUCCCUGAACAUCCACAACUCCCUGACCCCCAAACACGAGAACCACAAGGUACUGGGCGAGGAGAACUCCUCGGAGGUAAACUCACUGCAGAACAACAUGAUGUAGAAGCCUGGGUCGGGAUGAGAGCUCCAGUCCUGCUCUCUAUCCCAGCCACCACGCCUACAACUGCUACCACCAGCCAACCACCGUCUACAACACGGCAACACUGCCACCAAGCGGCCCACGCCGCUGCAAAAAAAAAAAAAACACACCACCCCAGCUGAAACUCCCCCCCGACCUGCCACCGCCUAUAGCGACCCCUUACGCCCAAUCACGCCCCCUGCCUCGCUGCGCUGCCCCUUCGUUGCUGUCACUCUGCUCCCCCUUACCCCCUGCCCGCACGCACAUACACACACUAGAACACACAAACCGACACACCAGAACACACAAACACACACAUAUAUGUACAUACACACACUCACAUUUACACUCAUAUUCCCCUGCCUGCAUUGGUGUAUUUUGUAAAAAGAAAAAAAUCAUAUGGAGUUUUAAAAAAGAAGUUAAACAUUGUAAAAAAAUAUAAAAGUUACUGAGAGGUUUCAAUGUUUGUCUGACUAAUUAAGUGAGUAUGUAUAAAUAUAUGAAAAAAAUGCUUGGAUUGAUAUAAAAGAAACAACACAAUGUGUCUUCAUUUUCAUUGAUGUGAUUUCUAAUCCUUUGAUGUACUUGUUUUAUUUUGUACUUUUUUGGGAAUACAGACUUCAAAACAGAGAACAAAAUCUGAGUUGUUGAAAUAAACCUUUUUAACAUGA